UAUCUCGCCAUGAACAUUUGUUGUCCACUUUCUUCAAAUACUUCCAACCUUUUAGCAUAAAUGUCAGUAAAGGAGGCCAAGCCAAAUCUCAGCCAUGCCCAAGUAUCUGAGCUGGUGGAAAGGCUUUUUGGACUCCAUGCCACUGUGUCAAACAUUCGAGCCUUGCCCAGUUAUGAUGACCAGAACUUUUAUGUGGCCCCUCAGGAAGGUGGGGAGUUUGUUCUUAAGGUUAUGAACUCUACAGACAGUAAGAACUCCACUCUUCUGCAACUCCAGAGUUAUGCCAUGACCUUCCUGCAUCAGAAUGGACUUCCUGCUCAAACUGCUCUCCCUACAAAAGACGGUGAACUCAUGAGUCUGGAGGAGAUAGAUUGUGGCUUUGGAACUCAGAAGUACCUGGUGCGUUUACUGACCUAUUUGCCAGGCACUGUUGUAGCCAAGGCUCCUGUCUCUCUGCAACUUUUGUAUGAAGUGGGGAAACUGGCUGCUAGACUUGAUAAAGUGCUAAAUGAAAUGGAUCAUCCAAACCUCAACGCACUUCAGAGAGAGGGCUUUAUUUGGAACCUGUCCAAUGUUCCUCUGCUGGAGCAAUACCUUCAUGCACUGGAUGGGAAACCUGUGCAGAAGAUUGUGAAGAGUGUGAUAGAGCAAUACAAAUCAGAAGUGGUGCCCAAGCUGAGCUCCUUUCGGAAGUGUAUUAACCAUGGAGAUUUUAAUGACCACAACGUCCUGGUGGAACCUGAUGGACCUUCAAACUACAAAAUUUCAGGGAUACUGGACUUUGGAGACAUGAGCCAGGGUUACUAUAUCUUUGAGUUGGCCAUCACCAUUAUGUGUAUGAUGCCUGAGAGCCCCAGUCCCCUGGAUGUUGGAGGUUCUGUACUGGCUGGCUGGGAGAGUGUGAUUCCCCUAAAUGAAACAGAGAGGGAAGCCCUGUACCUGCUGGUUCUGGGUCGGUUCUGCCAGUCCCUGAUUCUGGAUCAUUAUACUGUGCUUCAGCAUCCAGAGAAUGAGGAGUAUCUGAUGAUGACAAGUAAGACUGAAAUGAGGCUCCUACAUCAGCUGUGGGAGUUGGGUAAACAGGAGGUGGAGAAGAGAUGGUUCCAGACUGCUGCUCAGUACUCAGCCCAACAGUGAUGCCAAACCUCAAACCUGUCAGUGGCUUUAUGAAUAAUGAGCAUUUCUAAAGCAUUUCUUCCUUUGAGAUGAAUACAUAAGAGUGAAUCUCCUUUCUUUUGCCCAGAGAGGUGAUGAAAUGGAACAGAUGAGCCUUGCAGUUGAACAUACUGUCCUAAUUUUAUAUGUGAAUGAAUACAUACAUGAGGAAUAGGAACACGUGCUUGAUAAAUACUACCUUUAAUGUAU